AUUCUUCACAUUUUUUUUUCUUUCAGAAUCCCACACAUCAUGACCGCCAUCCGGCUACGACAAUUUGUUGAUCGCCACCCAGUGAUCCCACCCAGAUCUCUCAUAGACUUGGCCGUGCCACCCGAGGAGAAACGUCAAUGCCAGCCUCAGCUAGACCAACAAACUCUCAUCCGAUAUAUUUGUUUCCAAAGACACUCCAGGCCUGACGAAGCAUGGUACAAAGAAACCACGUACCAAAAACACUAUUCGCUGCCAUUUUACGUGCUUGAUUGGGACCAGAAAUUAGGCACAAUUUCCUCGAAUCCUCGACCAAUCAAUUCACUACCGGAGUUCUGCUUUUGUGAAGAGAGGUGGCGCUGAAAUAAAAGCUUUAAACCAAAAUAGCUAUGGUGCUUGAAAACAUUUGGCGUUCUUAGGUGACUCUUUUAGACUAAAACCAUGAUAACAGAC